CACUAGACUGAUCGGUAGUUGUCACGUGAAAUGGGGUGAACUCGCGAACACAUUUUUGCCUAGACAUGCAAACAGUUAUACAAUGUAAUUUUAACUUCAGAACUGGCUAUUUGUUUAAGUUACAUUAUGAAGUAACAUAAUCUUGACAGUGGCAUUUCGGUCUCUGCCCUGUGCACUCAUCUGUUGUCCGUUUUGGAUUAACGGGAUUGCAGACUGACGUUCCAAACAGCACAGGGAUUCAAACGAACAAAUCCUGAUCCUCCCUCUGAGUGACUCAAGCAGCUAUGUAUGUGUUUGGGCCCCAUGGUUGACUGCCAGGUUUGUGUAGUGUUCUACUCCUCCAAACCCUCCCCCAGCCCAUUAUCCCCCAGCCCAUUAUCCCCCAGUCCUAACCCCAGUCCAUUAUCCCCUAGCCCAUUAUCCCCUAGUCCUAACCCCAGCCCAUUAUCCCCUAGCCCAUUAUCCCCUAGUCCUAACCCCAGUCCAUUAUCCCCUAGUCCUAACCACAGCCCAUUAUCCCCUAGCCCUAUAUCCCCUAGUCCUAACCACAGCCCAUUAUCCCCUAGCCCAUUAUCCCCUAGCCCUAUAUCCCCUAGUCCUAACCACAGCCCUAUAUCCCCCAGUCCUAACUCCUUAGCCUAUGUCAUUAUUUUGCCUGACUAGCCCCAAACCUUUAUCCUCCAGAUCCCUCUCCUUUCUUUCGUAACACCAGCCUCCUUACCCAUUCAAACCACCCACUUCCAUCCCCAGACCCAGUACCAGCCCCAAGCCCCUCUCCCAACCCUGUUCUUCCAGUCCCACCCUCUAUCCCCCAGCCCCCUACCCCUCUCCCCUGGCACCACCCAGCUCCAGCCCCAGUACCAUGCUGGGGAGGAACAUGUCCCAGAAGCUGAGCGUGCUGCUGAUCAUCUUGGGGCUGGCAUGGGGGCUCAUGUUGCUACGCUACACCAUGCAGCAGCCGCACCACCAGAGCAGUGGCGAGCUGCAUCAACAGAUCCUGGAGCUGAGCCGGCGCUAUGUCAAGGUACUCACCGAGGAGAACCAGAACGCACCGGGAGGACCGCAGGGCACCUCCAUGGCUGGUUACGCUGAUCUGAAGAGGACUAUAGCGGUGUUGCUGGACGACAUCCUGACACGCCUGGUCAAGCUGGAGGGGAAGAUGGAGCUGGUGGCCAACAUUUCAGUCACUAACUCCUCCCAUCCUGCAGUGGGCACCCUGGCCUCCGCUCCAGUUGCCUUACACAAAGCCACGCCAGGCAACCACCGCCUGGAAACACCACGCAUCCCUCCACACACACCCAACAGACCUCGCCCAGGGGUAUAGUAGUGUGGGUAGCGAUUAAGGCCCUGUUCAAGUACUUUACAGGUGCAUUCUUUCUUCCUAAGAAGGUCACUGAUCUAAUAAGGUUGGUAGGGUGGUAUCUCUCAUUUAACUUAUCUAUUCAUUUACAGAUCAGUGAUUAUCUCAAGGGAGCAAGGAAAGAUGUAUUCCAGAUAACUGAAACCUUACCCUGAGAAAAGACUGACUGUCUGUUGGUUUCCAAUAACUACAUGGCUGAUUUCUAUUUUUUUACGAAAACAUUUUUAGCACCUUUUUUUUUUUUAUACUUUCAGUCAAGGACUCUCUUAGGCUUGAAUUUUAGCUUCCCUUUUUAAUGGUUUCGUCAUUGAUGGGUCUUUAAACUGCGGAUCUCUUUGAGGAUGUCUGUGGGCAACAACAUAGCAUCAUCAACAGUAGAGGAAAUAUACAAACGUCUGUAGUGUCUUCAAGGAAGCUGAUGAUGAAUGUGAAAGGCACUCCCACCUGGAUAUGACUUACCUCGGACAUACCGCCUACGGAUUUGCAAUACUGCUUCUUCUAAUCCCAUCCAUAUCAGAAUGCUGAAUAAACAAUGCUCUCAUGGUAGUUUGGGAAAUGUUGUUUUGGAGUUUGCAGCAGCUCCUGGUGCAUAAUAUGUAGAGUCCCUUUUUAGUGUACAUAUAUACUGUGUAUGUGUGUGUGUGUGUGUAUAUAUAUAUAUAUAUAUAUAUAUAUAAUGAUUGAAAUAAUAAUAUUUUAGCUGUUGUACAGUAGACUUUAAAAUGAUAAAAGUGAUGAUCCAAAGAAUUUUAUUUGCACUCUCUUUGAAGGCUUGAGAAAUGUACUUUUACUUUGACCGAGUGAUGAUUUUAGAGUAUGUUUAUAACAAGUCGAAUGUAACUGUCAAUAAGCAGAUAAUGAUCAAGUGAUUGUUAUUGCUCAAUUCCAACUCCAUCUUCUUUCCUCUUUGUCACUACCCAGACUGUUAGUCCUUGUCGAUUCCCCUUUGCAGAUCCGAAUGGUUAGGGCCAGGGGAUUUUCUGACCUGACCAGUAAAAACUCCUAUCCCAA